CCACCGACAAAUACUAAUCCUCUCCCUGCCAAUAGUAGUAUUCUUCCUACAAAAACUAGCAUGCUCAAUCUAGAGUACAUGGUCAACCCUAGUCAGAAUCCUGCAGCCAUCCCAAGUUUCCAUGAAUUCAAGAGAGAUACCGUCCUGGGUAAUCUUGUCAGAAUUGAAAAUGAGACAGAAUGCACCUUUAAAAUGGGACCUAUAACACUUUCUUUCAUAUCAGAAAGUUCAGAUUUCUGGAAAAGGCGUUUAGAGCGCCUUGGAAAUGUAGCCCAUGGUAAAGGAAUUGCUAGGCCCGAUCCGAAAUCUUCAAAAGAAAGAGUGAAUGGCGAACCAUCGUCGGAACAGCAGCCUGAGAGCAGCGAGGUCUUGCCAGAGUUGCUCGUGGAACGAGCCAACUUACUCAAACAGCUUUCCGACGCGAAUGAGAAUUUAGAGGAAGGUGAAUUCCCUGAAGAACCGACAGCAGAAACUGAAAGACAAUCAAAACAAGAAUCUCGUGACAUGUCCCGACGAAAAAACGUUACCCAUUCUCGUGGCAGAUCCCGUUCCAGGUCCCGCAGUCCCAUCGAUGGCCAAAGAAAAAGAAGCGUAAGUGAUGAAAGACUCGACUUACGAAAUUCCAGGUCUAACGACCGAGGACCUCCCAAACGUUCGCAGCGAUCACCAGCAAAAUUUUCGCGGUACCGAAACUCGGGGAAUUCCUACUUCAAGUCCCGUUCCAAUCGAUGCUGA